CCCAUAUACCAGCUCGGUAAUCCUCAAAUAAGGGUUUUCCGGACCAAUUAUUUCUUGACAUUGGUGAGGCCUGGUAUUCCUCAGCCAGAAGACACAGUACAAUUCCGCAUCCCCAUGGAGAUGACUCGACUGGAAUUAAAAGAUUACCUUGAAAGCAUCUACAAAGUGCCAGUGGCUACUGUAAGAACUAGGAUACAGCAGGGUUCCAUGAAGCAGAGGGACCACAAAAACAGACGUAUCAAGAAGCCCGAUUUCAAGGUUGCAUAUGUACAGUUGGGUGCGGGACAAACUUUUCAGUUUCCAGAUUUGUUUCCUGAGAGACCCAAACCCAUCGAGCCGGGCUCUCUUGAGGAUAUCCAGAAGAAAUUCAUGGAGGAUGAGGCACAGAAGCAGAAAGAGGACCCCAGGCGAUCAGGAGUUCCAAGCUGGUUUGGACUUUGA